GGCACCUGGCUUUGCCCAGGCAGGCAAGCUGCUGGUCAUCCCCAUGGAUGGGAGCCACUGGUUUACCAUGCGAUCCGUUGUGGAGAAACUCAGCCACAGAGGGCAUGAGGUGGUCGUGGUCAGGCCAGAGGUGAGUUGGCACCUGGGACAAUCAACCAAUUAUACUGUAAAGACUUAUUCCACGUCUUACACUGUGGAGGAUCUGAAUGAUCAGUUCCGGAUUUUUGCUGACUCUCAAUGGAAAACUCGGGCACAGUAUUUACAUUCUAUGCUAAUGAGUUCAUCUAACAGUGUUUUUGAAUACUUUUUUUCAAAUUGUAGAAGUUUAUUUAAUGACAAAAAAUUAGUAAAAUACAUAGAAGAUAGCUCUUUUGAUGCGGUGUUUCUAGACCCUUUUGACAUGUGUGGCUUAAUUGUAGCCAAAUAUUUUUCACUCCCGUCUGUGGUCUUCACCAGAGGAUUAUUUUGCCACUAUCUUGAAGAAGGUGCACAGUGCCCCAGUCCGCUUUCUUAUGUUCCAAGAGGUCUCUUUUCGUUAUCUGAUGCCAUGACCUUCAGGCAGAGAGUGUGGAAUCACAUUAUCCACUUGGAGGAACAUUUAUUUUGUGGCUAUUUUCUCAAAACUGCUUUAGAAGUUGCCUCUGAGAUUCUCCAGACAACUGUCACAGCAUAUGACCUGGUCAGCCAACCAUCCAUUUGGUUGUUACGAAAUGACUUUGUUUUGGACUAUCCAAGACCUGUGAUGCCCAACAUGAUCUUCAUUGGGGGCAUCAACUGCCACCCAAGAAAGCCAUUGUCACAGGUGAGUUACCUCUAGUUUUCCAUGCUCAGAAUAGUGUGGCUUGGACAGGAAGGAAAACAAACAUGACUUACUGAACCAUGAUUUGUAAUUUACAUGAGUUGCAUUUGGAAUUCCUUCCCAGUUUAAUGAAUUAUUUUGUGUCAAUUCAUUUAAUUCUGUGUUAGCAAGUUUUAUAGAGUUGUCCCCUUUGACACUUAUUUGUAUACAAUUGAAGAAACUGUAUACAAAAAUA